AUGUCAUCUGGAACGGUUGUCAUUGACCUAUUACCUUCGAAUAUUUCACGUGCUUUUGGCAGUGAAAUUACGUAUAAUGAAAGUCUCGACAGUGUUUUGAAAUUUAAUCAACGUCUGUUGCGAGAGCGCCGUUUGCGUCUUCGUUUACCAUUUAUUGAUCAACAAACAAAAGUUGUUCAAAUUCCAAAUGUUAAUUUAUGGAAACAAGAAAGUGAUCGUAUCGUACCAGAUAGAUGUGAUCAAAUUACAUGUUAUUCUAGUAUCAAAUGGAAAAAAAAGAAGAAUAUAAAUGGAUUACCAACGUGGAUGAAUAGCGCGUUGUAUGGAAAUAAUAAAGAUCAGUCAUUGAAUCCGAUAUCAGGGAGUUCAGAUAGUUUAGCAGCAUCAGCUCAGCAAC